AUGGCUAUACUACCGAACCUCAAGACACCACACACAUCGAUCGCCACCAUGUUCAGGAGAGUCGCAGCAGCAGUGCCCGCUCAGGCAGGAAGAGUGCUCGCAACCGCCGCCAGGCCCAGCAUCGUUUCGCCCAUUCGCACAACAGCACCCGCAGUCGCAGCAGUCGCACUGCUCGACCACUACAACAAGCCUCGCAAUGUCGGAUCCAUGUCCAAGACGGACAACGACGUCGGUACUGGACUAGUCGGCGCACCCGCAUGUGGCGACGUCAUGAAGCUCCAGAUCCGUGUCGACCCUAACAGCAACACCAUUAGCGAUGUCAAGUUCAAGACCUUCGGCUGCGGUAGCGCGAUUGCGAGUUCGAGUUACCUGACGGAAUUGGUCCGGGGCAUGACACUGGAGGAUGCGUCGAGGAUCAAGAACACAGAGAUUGCAAAGGAGCUUUGCCUACCACCUGUAAAGCUGCAUUGCUCUAUGCUUGCUGAAGACGCCAUCAAAUCCGCCAUCUCCAACUACUACACCAAGAACCCCAACGCACGGCAAACAGACCUUGGCGGCAAGUCGGCGCCGCUGCCAAAGGUGGAGAUUGAGACUGUUUCCUCAGCGACGGCUUAG